AAGAGUCCCCAGGAUACCAGCCAGCCCAGCCAUUCCAACAGCCCCGAUAGCCAGGGAGUCAGCAUGACGGAUGUCUCCUCGCUACUGGACGAGUCGUGCGCUGCUGCAGCGCAGCACCUCGGGUAUCCUCGUCCUCCUCAUCCGUCUUGCAUGGAUGGUCCGCCGCCGAGGGGGUACGUGCCACCACCACCACCGCCUCCUCCUCCUCCUCCUCCGCCGCCGCAGCUGUCCAUCUUCGACCAGCCGACGACCGCUACGACGACCUCCACCGCCACAUCGUCCAUGUCGCCAACCUUCCUGCAGAAGGAGUUCAUCACCAAGGGAUUUACCAGCUGCCCGCUGGCGGUGCACAUGCAACCGACGUGCGACUGCGGCGACGCGCUGGUAUUCCACAUGAACCGCCUGCGCUCCGUGACGACGAUGGUGCAUCUGCACUCCCCACGGCUGGACUUGCUUUUGCAGGCCAUCGCGACCGCGCUGGCGACGUGCCGCCUCUUCCUGCAGUGCCCCAGCUGUCCCAAGGACGGCACGCAUUUGCUGUACGCCGCCUCGAUCGUGGACUUUACCGUACAGCUGUUCGACUUUGCCAUUCCCUACGAGCUGUCACUGACGGCAACCACCACCACCACCGCAGCAGCCGCAGCCGCAGCUGCUGCUGCUACAGCAUCAACUACCACGUCCACGUCACCGACCAACGACCCCGGGGUGCUCGUGGGCUACGGCGAGUACGAGAUCGCGGUGGACGAGACGCGCCGCAUCCGGCGGUAUCUGCUGCGCGGCCGACUGCUGCAGUGCCGGGCGGUGGUGGGCCUGCUGCAGGAGACGACGGAGGUGAGUCGGCAGGAGCUGUUCGUCAGCAGCAGCAGCAGCAGUCCUGGAGCAGGGGCCGGGGCGGCGGAUCUGACGGCGGCGUUCGAGAACGGGGAUUUGAUCCUGCAGAUCCUGGCGGGACACGAUGCGACGGUGGAGGCGUUUCUGCUGGCGCUGGCGGGGGAGGGCUGUGUGUGUGGUUGUGGGUGCUGUGAGAGGCACCAUCGGGCGUAGUUGUGCGGACAGUUAGUGAUACCCAUCCUUCGUCGCGUUGUGGUGAGCGUGGUGUGGUGUAGUACA